AUGAGGGGUGUUAUGUGUUCAGUCGUGUCUGACUCUUUGCGACCGCAUGGACUGUUAGCCCGCCAGGAUCCUCAGUCUGUGGGAUUCUCCAGGCAAGAAUGCUGGAGUGGGUUGCCAUUUCCUCCUCCAGGGGAUCUUCCCGACCCAAGGAUCGAACCCAGGUCUCCUGGGUUGCAGGCGGAUUCUUUAGCAGCUGAGCCACAAGGGAAGCCCAGGAGUCCUGGCGUGGGUUGCCAUUUCCUCCUCCAGCGGCUCUUCCCGAGUCAGGGAUCGAGCCCACGUCUCCUGCAUUGGCAGGCAGACUCUCUACCUUCUGAGCCGCCAGGGCAGCCCGACAGGUACCAUGCAGUCUGCCGGAUGGAUGAAUAUAUUCCCGGCCCCACGUCAGUCCUCAGCAUCAGACUGUCCGGGGAGUGGCUGCCGGGAACCUGCACGCACAGGAACCCUUUGUGA